AUGAAUUUCAAUGAACUUGAUUGGAAUGACAAAUUUCAGCUAGCAUUGCAACUUUCUAGUGCCGUAGAAUGCAUUCAUGAAUGUAAUAUUAUUCAUCGAGAUCUGCACGCGAGUAAUAUACUGGUGCAUCAAAAAAAUAUUAAAUUGGCAGAUUUUGGUCUAUCAAGAAAAAUCGCCGAAGCAUCAAGCAAUGCAACAAAAUUACUUGGCGUAUUACCUUAUGUAGACCCAAAAUUAUUAGAAUGUUGGAAAUACGAACCAGAAGAACGUCCAAAUAUACGAGAAGUUGUUUCAGCUCUCAAGAAAAUAGUUUCUUUCGAACCAAAUGAUAUUAAUGAAGAAAUAAAUGAUCAAAAUAUAAGUCAAACCAGUAUCAAAUCAAACGAAGUAUCUAUAGAUAUCAAUAAAAGUUUAGAAAUAGACGAUUUAUUUGAGUUUGUAAGCGAUUUUAGUUCACAACAAAGUCAAAAUUUUACUCAAUCAAGAGUAUUAGAUUCAACUUUUCAAAUUGCAAAUUUACCAAAUAAUUCAAUAGAAUCAAUUU